AUUUGCGUUCUGCCUGUCGGGUGACCUCUGAUCAGUCGGGAUCUGUCCACUUAACAAGUCAGAGAGGGAUUUGACUGAGUGUGUAAUGCUUUGUGUCAGGUAGUGGAGCCAUAAGCUUGGGAUUAUCCCAUAAAGAGGGCCUGUCUCCAUCCUCUUAUGUCUUAGCGAGGCCAGAAUACGGGAGAGAGACAACAGUCGCAUCAACAUAGGGAAUAUUUAGGCUGUGGAUUGUGCUGCCAUGCCUCUGAGCAGAUCCCUGUCUGUCACUUCUCUCAAUGGCCUUCCACAGUGGGAUGAAGAGGACCUGCCUAUUGAGGAUCUGCUCCUCUUUGAGAUCUCAUGGGAAGUCACCAAUAAAGUUGGAGGAAUCUACACAGUGAUCCAGUCUAAAGCCAAGAUUACUUCAGACGAAUGGGGGGAGAACUACUUCAUGAUGGGUCCAUAUUACGAUCACAAUGUCAAGACGCAGGUGGAGCUCUGUGACCCCCCCAUGGCGGCCAUCAGGAAAGCAAUGGACGCACUGCAGGCUCAGGGCUGCCAGGUGUAUUUUGGCCGCUGGCUCAUAGAAGGGAGCCCGUACACUGUGCUGUUUGAUAUCGGUUCAGCUGCCUGGAAUUUGGACCGUUGGAAAGGGGAUUUCUGGGAGGCAUGCAAUGUAGGAAUUCCUUUCCAUGACCGCGAGGCCAAUGAUGCCUUAAUAUUUGGGUCCCUGGUGGCGUGGUUCUUGAAAGAGCUGACGGAUCAGUUCCAGGACAACCCCAACAUUAUUGCUCAUUUCCACGAGUGGCAGGCCGGAGCUGGAUUGAUUCUUUGUAGAAAUCGGAAGCUUCCUGUUGCCACAAUCUUUACCACCCAUGCCACCCUUCUGGGCAGAUACCUUUGUGCUGCCAAUGUGGACUUUUAUAACCGGCUGGACCAGUUCGAUAUUGAUAAGGAGGCCGGAGAGCGGCAGAUCUAUCACCGUUACUGCAUGGAGCGUGCAUCCGUCCACUGCGCUCACGUCUUCAGCACAGUAUCACAGAUCACUGGUAUUGAGGCUGAACAUAUGCUGAAGAGGAAAACCGAUGUCAUUACUCCAAAUGGAUUAAACAUAAAGAAGUUUUCCGCCAUGCAUGAAUUCCAGAACCUUCAUGCCAUGUACAAGUUUCGCAUCAAGGAAUUCAUCCGCGGCCACUUCUAUGGACAUCUGGAUUUCAAUCUGGAGAAGACUCUCUUCUUCUUCAUUGCCGGUCGAUAUGAAUACACCAACAAAGGGGCAGACAUCUUCUUGGAGGCUCUUUCCAGGCUCAACUUCCUUCUGCGGGUUCAUCGGAGUGAUGUGACUGUUGUGGUGUUUUUUAUAAUGCCAACAAAGACAAAUAAUUACAAUGUGGAGACACUGAAAGGCCAGGCAGUGAGGAAACAGCUCUGGGACACAGCUCAGGCAGUGAAGGAGAAGUUUGGAAAGAAACUGUAUGCAGCAUUGCUGAAAGGAGAAAUUCCUGAUCUGAGCAAGAUCCUGGACAGAGAUGACCUGACCAUCAUGAAGCGGGCGAUAUACUCCACACAGCGCAAUUCGCUGCCCCCCAUAACGACACACAAUAUGGUGGAUGACUCGACAGACCCGAUCCUUAACACUGUUAGAAGACUUGGUUUGUUUAACAGUCGGACGGAUAGAGUGAAGGUCAUUGUGCACCCAGAAUUCCUCUCUUCCACCAGCCCGCUCCUACCAAUGGACUAUGAGGAGUUUGUCCGAGGGUGUCAUCUGGGGGUCUUCCCAUCCUAUUAUGAGCCCUGGGGAUAUACACCUGCGGAGUGUACGGUGAUGGGUAUUCCUAGCGUCACAACCAACCUAUCCGGAUUUGGCUCUUUCAUGCAGGAGCACGUUGCUGACCCGGCUGCUUAUGGGAUUUACAUUGUGGAUCGGAGGUUCCGCUCACCUGAUGAAUCGUGUAACCAGCUGACCCAGUUCUUGUACACCUUCUGCCAACAAUCCCGACGCCAGAGAAUAAUCCAGAGAAACCGAACAGAACGAUUGUCAGAUCUUCUAGACUGGAGAUAUCUGGGCCGGUUCUACAUGCAUGCACGCCACCUGGCUCUCUGCCGAAUGUUUCCAGACAAGUUUGAGAUGGAGCCUAGCGCACCGCCAAAGACGGAGGGAUUCCGCUUCCCCAGACCUUCGUCAGUUCCCCCCUCACCAGCCACCUCCCGGCCGUCCAGUCCUCAUUCUAGUAAUGAUGAGGAUGAAGAAGAGAAUGAGGAUGUGAGAUAUGAUGAGGAUGAAGAAGCAGAGAGGGAUCGUCAGAACAUUAAGUCGUCACUUGGUGUGGGCCCGGUGCCUCGCGGGAGGAAGAAGCAGCACGGCGAGUACAGGAAUUGAAAUAUCACACAGCAAGAAGCAGAUAUCUGCCUAUACCUGUGCAAAUGGGAGGGCCUGCAACAUGGUGGCACACAAUAUACAGCGCCCCCCAGUGGCUGGGCAGAGAUCAGUCGUUUUGUGAUUUCUGUAGUGUAGAUGUGUAAUGUGUAGGGUGACUUCUUUCAUGAUUGUAUAUUUGUAGUAAAUAGAUAUUCCUGCGUUCA